UGAACUGGCAGAAAGGGAAGGGUCAGAGGUCGUCGGGGCAGAAGGUGUUCCUGCCGCUGGCCCAGUUGCUAUGUAGUGGAGAGGCGGGCGCUUUCUCUUAAGUUCUGGAACGUUCUUGGGCUCGACUAGGGCAGAAUCUCCAGGAUUCCUAGCCGCCGGCGUCAAGUCCUAGCCGGCCGAGGAGAGCCGCCGCCGCCAUGUUUGGCUGCCUGGUGGCGGGGAGGCUGGUGAGGAUGGGGCUGGGUGAUCUAAGGAAGAGGUCAGGAUGCUGAGGGCGAGGUUCCGGGCGUGGAGGUACAAACAGCUGCACAGCAAGUAGCAGAGGAUAAAUUUGUAUUUGACCUGCCGGAUUAUGAAAGUAUCAACCAUGUUGUAGUUUUUAUGCUUGGAACAAUUCCGUUUCCUGAAGGAAUGGGAGGAUCUGUCUACUUUUCCUAUCCUGAUUCAAAUGGAAUUCCUGUAUGGCAGCUCCUAGGAUUUGUCACAAAUGGGAAGCCAAGUGCCAUCUUCAAAAUUUCAGGUCUUAAAUCUGGAGAAGGGAGCCAACACCCCUUUGGAGCCAUGAAUAUUGUCCGGACUCCAUCUGUUGCCCAGAUUGGAAUUUCAGUGGAAUUAUUGGACAGUCUGGCUCAGCAGACUCCAGUAGGCAAUGCAGCUGUAUCCUCAGUUGACUCAUUCACUCAGUUCACACAAAAAAUGUUGGACAACUUCUACAAUUUUGCUUCAUCAUUUGCUGUCUCUCAGGCCCAGAUGACACCAAGUCCAUCUGAAAUGUUCAUUCCAGCAAAUGUGGUUCUGAAAUGGUAUGAAAACUUUCAAAGGCGACUGACACAGAAUCCUCUCUUUUGGAAAACAUAAUUUGAAUAAGGCACUAUAUGACAGAUCCUAAAAUCUGUCAUGUUUGGAAGAUCCAUUUGAAAGUAUGAAGACAAAAGAAUCAUGAAAUCUAAGUGUAAGAACUGUUUAGUGACUGAAGCAAUUAAAAUCUUUAUAAAAAAUUUAAAA